AUGGAAGUUGAUGGUACUGAUAUUACUUGGGUUGUGCUCAAAACUGAAUUCCUAGAGAAGUAUUUCCCAGCUAAUGUGCAUAGUAAAAAAAAUAUUGAGUUCCUUGAACUGAAGCAAGGAAACAUGAUUGGUGCUAAGUGGUUAAAGUGCAUCAAGUUCGAAAGCGGUUUGCUUCCUGAAAUCAAGCAAUUUAUUGGUUAUCAAGAGAUUCUUCGAUUCGCUGUGCUGGUGAACAAAUGCAUGAUAUAUAAUGAAUAUAGCAGGGCUAUAUCUGCUCACUACAAGAGUGCUAGUAAGAAGAAUAGUGGAAAUCAGUUUUGUGGGAAACUGUAUCUGACUUCAGAUGAUAAAGGGAAAGAGAAGUUUCAACAGAAAUCUGCAGGCGGAAAAGAGAUAAGUUGUGCAGGUGCUCAUAAUCCUAUAAAGUGUUUCAAGUGGGGAGAGUUGGGUCACCGUGCUAAUGAAUGUAAGAGUGCAGGUUUGAAGUGCUUCAAAUAUGGGAAUACAGGUCACCAUAUUGAUGAAUGCAUGAGUAAUGUUCCGACUUGUGAUAACUGUGGCGAGCAGGAUCACAUCAAUAACUUGAUUCAAGGUACAUGUUUUAUUCAAGGUGUUAUGCUGAUUGAUAUGAUUGAUAUUGGUGAAAAUCAUUCAUUUAUUUCCAUUGAAUGUAUUAACAAGCUGAAACUUCAAGUGUCCUCUAUGAAUCAAACAUUAUCUGCAUCUGGUGAAAAUGAUCCAGAAUCAAUCAUUCUAAUGACUCCGGCUAAGGAUGUUGUAAUUGUUGACAAGGGUGAAGAAGUUGAUUUUGAAGCGCCUGACGCUACGCAAUUAUCAGGCACCAAACCAUCCAAGAAAUUAAAGAUAGAACCAUCUUCUUAA